UGACGGGCGCGCCCCUCCUUACGGCAGGGUGAGCUGCGUUAUCCUGCAGCCCUCUGGUGUGGACCCGCAUGGACGCUAGACGGGCGGUACCCAGGGCCCAGGCACCCUGGAAGGAGAUGUCUGCGGAGGAGCUGGAGAAGCAGUAUUCGCCCAGCAGAUGGGUCGUCCGAAUGGAACCAGAGGAAGCCCUGAGGACCUUCAGGGAGAAGGGAACUGAAGCCACUAAGAAUGCCCAGGCCACCCGGCGGUGCCAGCUGUACGUCCCCUAUGGGGAUGGCAAAGGGGACAGAAUGGACAUCUACUUCCCUGACACGGAGUCGGAAGCCCUGCCCUUCUUCCUGUUUUUCCACGGAGGGUACUGGCAGAGUGGAAGUAAAGAUCAGUCGGCCUUCAUGGUCAACCCGUUGACAACACGGGGAGUGGCUGUGGCUGUAGUGGAUUAUGACGUGGCCCCCAAAGGGACCCUGGACCACAUGGUAGACCAGGUGACCCGAAGCAUAGUGUUCAUCCAGCAGCAGUAUCCACGCAAUGAGGGGAUCUACUUGUGUGGACACUCUGCCGGAGCCCACCUGGCCAGCAUGAUGUUCCUGGCCAACUGGACCAAGCACGGCGGAGUGCCCAACCUCAGAGGCUUUUUCCUGGUAAGUGGGCUGUACGACCUGGAACCUAUCGUGUCCACCUCAAACAACGCCCUACUCCUCAUGACCCUGGAGGAUGCGUGGAGGAACAGCCCACAGUGGCACCUGGACACAGCCCCGGCAUGGCCUGCAGAUCUAGCCUGCCCCAUCCUGGUGAUGGUGGGUGAGCACGAAUCCCCGGAGUUCCACCGACAGUCUUGGGAGUUCUGCCAGCCUUCCUCUCUCCCACCUAGACCCUGUGCCGAGCAGGAUGGGAAGCCUCAUUUAAAAAACUGCCUGAUAUGGAUCACUUUAGUAUCAUUGAGAAUCUGACCAAGAAGGACUCCGUGGUCACCCAGAUCGUGGUGCAAACAAUCUUCCGAGAACUCUGAUGCUGCGCUCUGGCCCCUGAGCACCCACACUGCAAGCCGUCCAAGCCCGAGAUGACCGCCUGCCCCAGGAUUGAGCCGUUCUUCCUGCUGCUGUGAGCACCGCCCAGAAUCUACCGGUCUGGGAGCUCCAGGGAAAGUCUGCAGGGCCGCACUGGGAGAUGCGGUGGCCCUGCCAGAGCCCCUUCUGGAUGCUCUGCCUGCUGACAGGUGUGGCAGAAAGAUCACCUCCAACAUGCUCUUUUCCUGUGACCUGAUCGGGUUACCGGUAGCUCAGGGGCAGAGCACCUGCUCAGUGUGCAUGGUUUAAUUCCUGGGCCUUCUACCAGCCGCACAAAAAAGAAA